GAGCUCCAUCCACCCUCACGAGCAGACGACCGGCGACACCCCAUCUCCCCUUCGUCAAUUCACAUCAAGAUGUCUCUCGCUGCAUCACGUGCCGUAUUACGGCAAUCGACGUUCGCCGUCCGCCGCGCUGGCAUCCGCAAUGCCUCGACGACCGCCGAAGCCACCAACACCGUAAAGGAAACCGCGUCAAAGGCACAGUCCAAGGCAUCAGAGGGUCUCACCAAGGUCACAAGCUCCGCGAGCUCUGCGGCGUCGGGUGCCGGUCAAGCCGUCAACAAUGCGACACAGCAAGCCACUGGACGGGUAGGAAGGAUGGUCAACUUCGUGCAAGGACUGGUUCCCAAGGCUACCUACUACGGAAGGGUCGGACUUGAGCUCGGCAAGCUCAUUGCCCACCAACGAAGCAUGCAACCACCAUCCAUCCAGACUAUGCAGAACUACAUCCAGCCCGCAUUGAACGCUCUCCGCAACCCCAGCUCCCUCUUCAACCGCGUAGCCAGCGAGGCCAACAGCGCCGCCCAGCAACCCGCCAACGUCCUUGCGCAAGUUCGGAACAUGCCCCGCGAACAGUGGUACUCUAUGGGUGUUGUUUUUGCCGAGGUCAUUGGUUUCUUCUCCGUUGGCGAGAUCAUUGGCCGAUUCAAGCUUGUUGGCUACCGGCAGAAGAAGGACGAGCACCACUGAGUGCGGUGAGCUUGAGGGAUGAGCUUAGGAAAGCUACGACACGACAUUUCAGCAUGCACUAGGUUCAAGAGGUAGUGGGGAGGGCUACGAGGGGCUGGUGAGGAAGGAAACACUGUACGAUUUCGCGGGCAGGGAAGCUGAGCAAGUGUGUUUGCG